AUGGAUUAAAGCAAUUCCAAUCUCAUCAUAAUCGCUCCAGAACACUCCUACUCAAUGAAAUUAAUUUAGUAUUUAAUCAAACAUUUUAACAAUGAUGAAUUAAUAUUUGAUAAGAUUGAUGAAUAGCAUCAACAGAUUGGAACUCAACUUUUGAUCAAUACCAAAUAUUAUACAUGUGAUGUUGGUUUGCAUACAAUAAAUUACAAUUAUUUUAAUUAAGAAAAUGCACUCGAAAAAUUACAAAAAAUCAAGGUGGAUGGUGUGUUAUUUAUUGUUGAUGCCAACAACAUGAAUGGACUGGAUUAGUUCAUUAAUUUGUGUGAUUAAAUUCUCAAUGAAAUCCAGCCUGGUCUUUAGGCUAUAAUUUAUAACAGGAAGGAAGGAACCAAAAUUAACUUUGAGUUACUAGAGAAUGAGGAGAAGAAAUUGGAGAGCUUUGUUGAACAAAUCUAUUUGGACUUGGACAAUCCACCAAUUCAAUAAUAAAUCAAAUAGUUAUCUGAGUAGGAGGAUGAGACUCUUGGAUUUCCUAGAAUUAUUGAAAUCAUGGAAUGUAAUACUUGGACAUAUAUGAGACCCAAAUCUUAGGAAAAGAAGGAAAACACCGGCAAGACUAAAGUGAGUGAAAAGCAAACCUAAGGGCUUGAUCAAUUGGAAUUCGAAGACGAUCAAUUUGCUUAAUUGAUGCAUGAUAUGACCAAGAUUAGGACUUCCAAAAUGACAGAUGAGGAGAGGAGGGAAAAGGCGGCCAAUCUCAUGAAUUAAUUAAUGAAUAUGUGUCAGGAUGAUGAUGGGGAUGAUUUGUGAAGUGUUGUUAAAAUGUUAAGAAAAUAAGAAAAAUAUAUAUUAAAUAAA